UUUCAGGCUUUUUAUCGAUCGAUCACUGACACUGACGUCGCGUCUUAAUUUGGCCGCGCCCAUCGAUCUAUCGCGGCGCGGCUGCGGUGUUGUUGAGGGCGCUAUCAACAAGUCCAGCUCUGCUGGCCGUCUAGUUUUGGCCUAGUUUCCAAACUUCGUCAAGUUCGUGAUCAAAACUUCAACGUUGAACUUUCAAAACUACUUUACCUGUUUACCAGCAAGUUGAAAUUGAUGAUCAUAUCUACGUGACUUUUAAACUAUAUUGCUCCGGACAGAAUGACCUGAGCAUUUGACCUGUGACCUCGGGCUCUAGCAGGACUACCAUUGUAGAAUGGAAUGGGCGGUGGUUUGGAUGGCUGCCAUACUCCUGUCUGGUCUGGACCAGGUGGAGGCACAAGGAAGCAAUGGGGGUAUAUCAGGUCUGGCCAUAGGACUGAUUGUUGCCGGUGCUGUGAUAUUCUUUGUAAUCGUCAUUGUCGCUGGACUUUGCUGUUUCAACUACAAACGCAAGCAUCUUGGUCGUUUGGAGUUUGAGCAUCCCGAGUUUGAGCGUAGCGGGGAGCCGUACUUUAGGACUACAUCAUUGACGCGGGAUCCGGUCCCAGAACCUGUCCAAUACGAUGCCACGAUCGAUGAAACGGCAAUUGACGGUCCCGCUGGCGCUGAUUCAGAUGGAGAUGCUGUCUCUGCUGACGUCGUAUUCUCGCCGUCAAAGUCAGAAAAGAAAGAGAAAUUUGAGCAGCAGUUGGUGGAGCUGCAGCCCCACGCAGUCACCUUCCAGGAGAUGCUGAAAGACGUCCAGGAGCGGAUCAAGAACGCCAAGCACGGCAAUCCCAGGGUGCAGGGCUACAAGGCUGUGUCCCGUGAUCUGAGUCGAGUGCAGCAUCUUCUAAGUAAGAGGAACUCUACCGCUCUCAAGAUGCCCCCAGACGGGUUGGAGCUGCUAGCCUGGGCUGCAGAGACACGGCAGAAAUAUCUAGAGCUGCAGCGGUACAAAUCGGAGAGGGAUCGAGGCACAUCCUCAGAGCCUCCCGAGAUGGCGUCAAUUAUGUGGAUUCAGUCGAAGGACGACUCGGUGUUUGAGGACAAGUCAUACGAUGAGAGCGCAGUCAUAUGAGGAACGGUUACCACAUUACCACAGCUUCUUUGGUAUCAGAUCAAGAAAUGGUCAGUAGUGAAAUUAUUUCUAUCAUACAAUUGUUUGAAGUGUCCUCUUUUUCCCCACUUGUUUUAUGAUUUGACAUUUUAUAUUCGUCUUGACAGAUAGUAUCAGUGAUGAAAAAAAAAUACAUGCAUAUCUAAAAUUAUGAAAUGUGUACCGUACUUAAUGGGAGUGUGGCACCCCUAAAUGGGUGCGUUCGAUUAGCUCACCAUGCAGCGGCAUGUUCACCUAUUUUAUAGGGGACAAAAUCAAGACUUUGCUGUAACGACAUUUGAACUGCCUUAAAACCCUGUCGAAACACUUACGAUAUAAACCCCCCACCCCCACCCUGCUGUCGCGUGAGGAUAGAGCCUGAAAGUUUACCCCUGGUGGCGCGCAUCCGGACCCCUCGAAUAAGAAAAUUAGCACGUAAAAGUCGGAUAUUUCAAAAUUAUUUUCGGUACUAUUAAUAAGAUGGAAUUUAUGAUAGGGUGAUGUAAAUCAAUAUUAGGUUUUGCCCUUCAUUUUUGGUAUGUUGAUUUUUAUUAAGAAAACACUCUCGGAAAAGGCCUUUGUAAAAUGGUUACUUGCAUCUCAAUUUGUGGAAACUGAAAAAUCGCAUGAUGUGAAAGAGAAAUAUCCGGCCAAAAAUUUACCUCUCAUUUAUGAAAUUCUGAAAUACUGGUGGUCUGGUGGAAGUUUUCGGACAGACUCUGUUCUGAAUAAAAAUAGUUGGUGCAUUGCAAAUUUGAAACAAUCCCUUAACCCUCCUGCUGUCUGAACAGUCACAGACAGUCAAAAAAUCAAUACUCUUCCCCUGCCAUGCCUUUUACACAGGCUAGUCAUCAACAGUCAGAUCAUAUUGCAAGCACUGUGACUAGUU